AUGUCACAAGAAGGUAGUGACCAUAUCGAAUCUUCAGAAGAAAAACCUUCACUUCCACCUUCUGCAACUCAUCCAUAUAAAGCUAUUAUGAGGCAAAACUGGAUUAAUGGUCGACAUAAACUUAUAUCUUUUCAAGGUCAUGGCAAUAACAUUGUUACAUGUCUUCAAUUUGAUUCCGAAAAGAUAAUUUCAGGUUCUGAUGAUCAAUUCAUCAAUGUAUAUGAAACUUCAACGGGUAAAUUAAUUAAUCGACUCAAGGGUCAUGAUGGUGGUAUAUGGGCAUUACAAUAUGUUGAUAAAACGUUAGUAUCCGGUUCUUCUGAUCGAACCGUGAGAGUAUGGGACCUUGAAAAAGGCAUUUGCACUCAUGUUUUCCCGGGGCAUACGAGUACUGUUCGAU